CAGGAGGGAGGAAGAUGCUUUGCAGGACAUUGAAGGGUUAAUCCUAGAUCCAGCCUUCCGCACACUAAAACCCCCGCCGCGAAAUCAGCUCCACAGAUUUACAGCUGGACUUGUUGAUUUAUUUCUCUUCCUAUGAAAAACACAGGCGAUUUGCAGCGAGCAGCCAAAUAUGCCCACGCUGGAAGAUAGCGGUCCUCUGCAUGGGCUUUAUUUCAUACCACACAUGGGAAUAAAGCAGUGACGCUCCUCCUGUUUUCCUUCUCAUUUAUGGGCUUUUCCAUCAUUCUCAGCCUUCAGCUACUGAGCCAUGGAAGAAAGCGGUUCCUACAUCGAGAGGUAACGCAGGUUCCGCGGCCCGCCUGGAGUAAGCCAUAGCCUACGAAACUGCGGCCGAAUCAGAAACAAUGGAGAGACCGUCCGCCAUAAUCAGUAAAGCAGGCUCUCGCUCGGCGGCCUCUCUGCCUCCGGAGCCGGUGGACAUCAUACGGAGCAUGUCGUGUUACCGGCGUGUUCGUCUGAACGUGGGCGGCCUGCCGCACGAGGUGCUUUGGCGCACACUGGAGCGCCUGCCGCGCACGCGCCUGGGCAAGCUUCGCGCGUGCACAACGCACGAGGCGCUCAUGGAUAUUUGCGACGACUAUAACCUGGACGAGAACGAGUACUUCUUUGACCGGCAUCCGGGCGCAUUCACGUCCAUCCUGAACUUCUACCGCACGGGAAAGUUGCACAUGAUGGAGGAGAUGUGCGCACUGUCGUUCAGCCAGGAGCUGGACUACUGGGGCGUGGACGAGAUCUACCUAGAGUCAUGCUGCCAGGCGCGCUACCACCAGAAAAAGGAGCAGAUGAAUGAGGAGCUACGGCGCGAGGCUGACACACUGAAGGAGCGCGAGGGCGAUGAGUUGGAUAAUGCGUGCUGCUCGGAGAAGCGCAAGAAACUGUGGGACCUGCUGGAGAAGCCGGGCUCUUCCGUAGCAGCCAAGAUAUUGGCCAUAAUCUCCAUAUUGUUUAUUGUACUGUCUACCAUCGCUCUGUCUCUCAACACACUUCCAGAACUGCAAGACAUAGAUGAUUUUGGGCAGAGCACAGACAACCCUCAACUGGCCCAUGUUGAGGCAGUUUGUAUAGCCUGGUUUACCAUGGAGUAUCUCCUUCGCUUUCUUUCUGCACCCAAUAAAUGGAAGUUUUUUAAAGGUCCACUCAAUGUCAUUGAUCUGUUGGCUAUCCUUCCAUACUAUGUGACCAUCUUCCUCACAGAGUCCAACAAAAGCGUACUACAGUUCCAGAAUGUUCGCAGAGUGGUGCAGAUAUUUCGUAUUAUGCGGAUCUUGCGAAUCCUAAAAUUAGCACGUCACUCUACUGGGCUGCAGUCACUCGGCUUCACUUUGCGACGCAGUUACAAUGAACUUGGCCUGCUAAUCCUCUUUUUAGCCAUGGGCAUCAUGAUCUUCUCAAGUUUGGUCUUCUUUGCAGAAAAGGAUGAAGAUGACACAAAGUUCAAGAGCAUACCUGCCUCCUUUUGGUGGGCUACUAUUACAAUGACCACUGUGGGAUAUGGGGACAUUUAUCCAAAGACAUUGUUAGGCAAGAUAGUUGGCGGUCUCUGCUGCAUUGCUGGAGUGCUGGUCAUUGCUCUCCCUAUCCCUAUUAUUGUGAACAACUUCUCUGAGUUCUAUAAGGAGCAGAAAAGACAAGAGAAGGCCAUUAAGAGACGUGAGGCUUUAGAACGAGCCAAGCGCAAUGGCAGCAUAGUGUCUAUGAAUGUUAGGGAUGCUUUUAACCGUGGUGCAGAGCUUCUCGAUGUGGUGGUGAUGGAGAAGGGUGAAAAGAUUCAAGAUAACCAUCUCUCACCUAGUCGCUGGAAAUGGUCAUCCAAGAGAGCUGCAUCUGACACCAGCUCCAAUCGCUCAUUCAAUCAAGAACAGGGCUCCCCAAGCAAGGUCAGGGCCUCCAGCCCUCAGAGGCUCAAUCCACAGAAAUUAGAGGAAGUGUACAACCAGAUGACCAAGACGCAGUCACAACCCAACCUCAACACCAAAGACAGGAGUUCAUCCCGAACAGGUAGCAGAAGGGAUGACAUUGAGCUAGGUACCUUACCAGGCCAAGGAGUUGGUCCAUUUGGGGGCCAUGAAGGAGUGGUGGAUAUGAAAAGUUUGUCCAGCAUUGACAGCUACAUCAGCUGUGCCACAGACUUCCAAGAAAACACACGAUUCCAUUACAGUCCAGCAGUGGGCUUGUCCCUCCCUGAGAGCUCUCAUUUUUCACACAGUUCUGGAUUAUCAGUACGGGUCAGUGCUAAUCCAAGCCUUCAGACCACAAUGGAACAUGAACCCAUGCUUACUCCACCAUGUUCUGCUGCAAAGCCACCUGACACAGAGGGUUCACUUUAUGGUGGAAAACUUCUGAAAACACAUUCGCUUAGAGUGAAUCAUAACAGUAAUGGAGAUUCAAGUCCAGUUGGUGGCCUUUUAUCAGACAGCUCUGCUCUUUCAGAUCGCUCACUGAUCAGCCCUGAAGUAUCUAUCUACACUACAGCUAGCAGCAGGACUCCACCGAAGACACCAGAGGGAGUUGCCCUCACACCUACUGUUUUCACAUUUCAUGAUGCCUCUAUCAACAGGUAUAUUGAUGCUGAUACAGAUGAUGAAGAACAUCUCAGAGAAAGCAGUCCAUCAGACCGUCUGCUUGGAGGUCUGGGCACCAAGCCUCAUCUACAUAUCAGCUACCAGAGGGGCACCAACCACUUGGAGGCAGCACAGAGGCUGUUGGGUCAGAACUGUCGCUUCCCAUUGGGAAGCAAUCCAAGUGGAAGUCAUGAUAAUCAUUUGGCAUUAGGUGCUUUUAAUAGAUGUAGAGGGGACAGGAGACGUUCCAACACCUUUGAUGAAAGCCUCUGAGACAUUUGGGUGCAUUUAGUGACUAAAGAGAAAAAAGAGCAAGGCAAAGGCAAUGGAAAUAGUAAACAUGAAUGGUCAGAGCAGUGUCCACAGAUGUACCAUAAUCCAUAUCUCCCCAUCUCUCCCAAUUUUUUGUGUGUUUACGGCAUUAGGUGUUGGGUAGCCUGCACUGGCAUGUCCCAAGGUAAACUGAAACAAAUGUGACUAUUGUCAGAAUCCGAUAUAAUUAGUUUUGUGCAGUCAGGUUGGAAUGAAAAAUUCAACAAUGAACAGACUGGACAGGUCUGUAAAGUAAAGACAGGGACAGUCAUUCACUGCCAAAGUCUCUAGCCAUUGUCCAGAGUCCACUUUAAAGAUUAUGCUUUAGAUCAAGUUCAAGUUAUAGCCUGUUUAUGAGUGCAACCCAGUCCCUCUCCCUGUUGAGAAACUAGCCUUACUUAAUUGCAGGUCUGAAUGUCUGAAUGUCUGCAAUGCCUGAGAGUGGGUGUGUGAAUAGGUCACUGUGAGGAGAGUUGUCCUUAUGGUAAUAUUUGAUGAUUUACAUUUCUGCACACACUCACAAAGUUAUACACACACAGUGUAUUUAUUUUUAUAUAGACAUGAACAUUGUAGAAAUCUAGAAAUUGUACCAUUCUAUUGUGUUGGGCCAGUCAAUUGUAUACCACAAAGGACACACACUGUGGGGAUGCAAUCUUAGUUAUUUUAUUUUUCAUUCUUCUUUUUCAUUCCUUAUUUUAUUUAUUAUAGCACUUGGCCACUUAUGACAGUUUUUAUAAAGACUGGCCCAAAAGUAGCAUUUUCUGUCACUAUCAAUGUUACUGUGUUUGUUUUCAUGUCGUCGUCUUUAGAAAUCAAUAUGUAGUAUGAAACCUACUUCAACAUGCACUGUAAGGCCAAAUGUAUAUGGACACCUGACAGUCUUAUCCAUAUGUGGGCCUUCCACAAACUGUUGCCACACAGUGGUCUAGAAUGUCUAUUAAUGCUGUAGCAUUAAUUAAUUAUGAUUUCCCUUGAUUGGAACUAUGGAGUCUAGCUCAAACCUGUUCCAGCAUGACAAUUCCCCUGUGCACAAAAUGAGGUCUAUGCACAAGACGAGGUGCACAAGACAAGGUGUGUCAAGGUUGGUGCAGAAGAACUGAGAUGAUCUGACCUUAUCCCCACGGAUCACUUUAGGAAUUGGAUUACCUGGAGUACCUGGCCUCAUUAAUGCUCUUGUGGCUAAAUAGGCACAAACACUUCAAAAUCUAGUAGAAGAGUUGAGCCUUCCUAGAAAUGUGGAGAUUUUUAUAUUAGCAAAGGGGUGUGAGGACUAAAUCUAGACUGGGAGGUACAAAAAACACAUAUGGGUGUGAUGACCAGGUGUCCACAUAACCAUAAAGUAUAUUUGUCAUAACACAUUGCUACCAUUAAAAUAAUUAUGACAGAGGGAUCACAUACAAUUGCAAACAUAGCAUGAACAUUUGUUGUACAAUUGAGGUACAUGGAUUCAUAAAUAUCUCUACUUCACCAUUCUUUCCUUCACCAUUUCUAUAACCCCCAUGUACACAUACAGAUGUCCAUGCAGAAAGGAUUCUCAGGUAUGUAUAACAUGUUUUAAUAAUAGCAACAUCAGUUGAUAUGGUAACCACUAGCCAUCGUAAGUGUGCAAAAAGACUUUGGAGAUAGGUAGUUCAUGUAAACUAAAGCUUUCACAAAGUCAAGUGUAGAGAAACAUAUGGAGGCAAUGGAGGAAAGAACUAUAGGGAAUUGGCAUCUCUGUCACAUUAACACACAUAUCACUAAAUGUGACAGAUUAGAGGAGACACCAACAUCAAGUCUCUUAGUAAGAUGUUAAUCUUGGCAUAGAUUCUACAGUCUCUGGAAGUGUACUGGAGAAAUGAACACUAUAUAUAUUCCUCAAGCUGGUGUUUUGAUAAUGGAGGUAAUGUAACAUAUCAGUCCAGUAUAUCCCAUAGUUGUUCAAGUGCGUUGAGAUAUACUUUACAUUAUUUUGGUCCUCACCAAACAAUUCCACUCCCAUCCAACUGAAAGUGUUUUAUUAUAGGAUAAAAGUAAUCACCAAGAAUACCUUUGCAGUGACAGUUCCCUCUAAGGAGACAAAUGGACCCAAACCAUACCAGCAAAAUGCCUCUAACAAAGCUACUGGUUUCCUUUACUUUGUCACCCACCUGUACUUCAAUUACAUUACUGUUCGUAUUACAGUUUGUUUGUUUGACGGAUAGUAAGAUAAUCUCUGUUCAAUGUUUCUAUUGUAUGGUUAACUGGAAAUAGCCUCUUAUGUAGUGAGUUAUUUGGCAGAGAAUUAUUUUAUUACAAAAUGUUUCAUUUGAAUUCUGAAGUGGAUCUUUUAAGGCUGUUUUUAAUAUCGCCCAGAAAGCAUUUCAGACUUUUGUCAGACAUUGUAUAUAAAUAUUUUCAGUGUGAAAAUAUUUUUCAACCUAGUAAGCCAGACUAGCAGAUGGAUGUAGCAUACACAAGAAACAGUUAACUGAUUGCUAUAACCACCCCCCACCCCAACCCCAUUAAGAUGUGUGUGUCAAAAUUGAUAGACUACCUCAAAUUCAUGUAUCAUACAUGUAUAUCAAAUUUGGUGUGAAUAGGCAGAAGUGUUGCUGAGAUAUGCCCUCACAUCUAGUUUAGUCCUUGCUGUCAUAUUCAUAGGCCUGUCAAACCAGGCCAGGCAAACAGUUUUAAAAUAAAUUAUCCUUUAAAAAAAAUAAACUUUCAUGCUUUGAGCAAAUUUUAAUACAAUUUCUCGAGAAGAAGCCAAACAAAAGUUUUGCACAUCAUGCUAAUUAGCCCGAUAACUAAAGGGUGGAGCUAAAAUUUUGUUUGUUCAUUUAACUGAAAUUCUGAAUACAUUAAAUAGGUUUCUAUUGUAUGGAUAAUUGGAAAACACCUUCUUAUGUAAUCCAUGCUUACUGGCAGAGCAUUAUUUUAUUAUGGCUUGUUUGAUUUGAAUUCCAAAGUGGGUCUUUUACAGCUGUUUUUAAUAUUGCUCAGAAAACAUUUCAGAGUUUUGUCAGACACUGUAUAUAAAUGUUUUCAGUGUGAAAAUGUUUGAGGUAACAGUCAGCAAACAGUGAUGACAAUCAAAACAUUGAUGACAUUGUAACAUAAAAGAAAAUCGAAUGAAACAUUUAUCCCUUUGGUGGGUCAAACUGUGAUGAAAUUUAAAAAAAAAAUGCAUUUUAUCCAACAGCCCAUUUUAUACAUUGUUUUCAGUUUAGUUAUCUGAAAAGUACAGAGCUUUCAACAUUGAACUUCUUUUUUUCCCCCUUACAAUUAUUUUAGAUGAAAAAGCUCAUAAAGGCAGUAUUUGUGAGCUGUGUUUCAGGUUUUAACCAUGAGCACAAUCACAUGACCUUUUUUUUUUAAUUAUUAUUCAUUCUUAUAAAGUCAUGGUGUAGGCUUAUUAAAAGAUGUUCAUUUGAAUAUUCAUUUGAAAAUCAUUUUAAAACUAGCAGAAUUUAUUUUCCAGGGAAUUUACAAAAACAAAAAGAAUUGUUUACACCCCCAGUCCCCUGAACUCCUUUAUGGUGUUGUUCGUAGGUCUAAAGGCUGUGUGUUUUGUAAACUUUCUACUUGUCAACUUUCUAUGCUGUUGUUUCUGUAUGUGUUACGUCAUUUGAAGCAUGUCGUACUUCUGGAGUUCUAUCUUGUUCUAUAUGUGACACUUUGUCUCGUAAAAAGAAAUGGGAAAAUAUGUCAAAAUGUCCUAUUAUCUUUCAUUUUCUUUUCAUUAAAAAAUACCCUACCCAUUUUGACUGGCUGA